AUGUCAGCCGAGCCGCCAGUGCCCGAGACACGGGUCUUGGCCAUUGCUAGCCAUAUAUGGGACAUCUUCGAGGGACUGAAGCAGUCGUAUCUGGACAACUUUGAUAUGAUGUUGUCCGGGUACGUGCCAGGGGCCGCAGCGGUCCAGGCAGUGGGCCGCAUUGCCGAAGAGCUGCGCAACCGGAAAAUGGCCAACCCAGGCGACUUUUUUUGGGUGCUCGACCCAGUCAUGGGGGACAACGGCAAGCUGUACGUGGCCGACGACGUUGCACCGGCGUACAAGAAGCUGCUCAGCCAUGCCGACCUGAUCCUGCCGAACCAAUUUGAAGCAGAGCUCUUGUCUGGUGUCAAGAUCGAGAACAUGGAGACGCUCGAGCGGGCCAUCCAGGUGCUCCACGAGCAGUUCCAGGUACCACACAUUGUGAUCACGUCCGUGUCACUCAGCCACCCGAACCACCCGCCGUCGUCACUCUCCGUCAUCGGCUCGUCCCGCACGUCCAGGGGCCAGGCACGCACGUUCAAGAUUGUGUUCCCCAGCAUCGACUGCUACUUUAGCGGCACGGGUGAUAUGUUUGGCGCACUCAUGGUUGUGCGUAUGCGCGAAGCCGUUACGAACGCACCCGACGCCGCCACUCUUUUGCAGCGCCGCGCCUGGUUGAGCGAUGAUAGCGUGGACGCCAUUGACCUGCCGCUGGCACGUGCAGCAGAGAAGGUGCUGGCCAGCAUGCACGAGGUGCUCACGAAGACGUGCGACGGUCUGGAGGUGCAGAUGCAGGCUGCCGAGGCGACGCUUGACCGCCACGGCGUGACAGGCGAUGCGGAGCGCGCCAAGGCGCUGCACUUACUCAAGUCGGGGGCGGCUGAGCUGCGGCUGCCGCGCAACGUCAACUCGCUGCGGUCGCCCACCGUAUCCUUCCACGCCGUGAAGAUGCAAGAGUAG